UGCAAAUCCCAGGCUGUCUUGUCUCUAGCCCCGAUCUGAUGCUGCAAGGCUUUUAUCUCCCCGGCCGCCCUCCCCAAUCUCAUCUUCCUUUUGACAUCUCUCAUCUCUCAUCUCUCGAGCAUUUGUUAUUAGACAAGCUCGGGUUCAAGUCUUCACCUCGAUCAACAAUCACAAUUCGACGACCAACACUCGACUCGCUGGUUAUCACCCCUCUUGCAUCUGCAUCUGAGAUCCCAGUACUACGGCAUUCUUUCAACCUACACAGCCAAUCGUUGCAGCCUUUGGCAUAAUUCUCCGAGACCCUUUCUCUCAAGGACCACUUUCGUGACCUUGCAAAUUCGGCAUAAUAUCCAUACAAGUCACACCGACAAUAUCACCAUGCCUCCACUCAGAACUAUCCCCGCUGCCAAGCCCGUCAAGACGGAGCGCACUCAUGAAGAGAACCAGGAGAGAGCAUACAUUGCCGCUUCUCGCCGCAGUGACCGCAGUCUCGAAGCCCGUGUUGAGUCGGCUCGUCGUGCAUCGGAGAUUCACAAGAGACGCACAGGCAGAUCUCUGCGUGUGACUGAGCAAGACGUUAUCAACGAGGAGAUGUACGAAGAGGAAGACGACGAUCUGCCCAUGCAGUACCGCCGCCUCACCGCUCAUCUUCAGACCUCCAACGCCGACUUCGAUCGUCGACUGGCCGCAUACCUCACCAACCACGUUGCCAUGCGCGCCGCACUUGGCCAGACUAUCGGCGACCAGUACAACCCCCAGCAAUACUCAAAUGCCCCUCAGUUCGCCAACCAGCUCGGUCGAUUCCCUCAGUCUUUCCCCAACCCCAUGCUUCCCCCUCAAAUGGCAAACAGAUCACCACAAACCUUCCGUGCGUCGCCUUAUCCCCAACAGGACUACCGACAGAACAUGCAUGGCCGCUCAGCAUCUAUCGCUACACCCCAGGAGCUGCAGAACAUGAACAACUUCCACCCAGCACAGAGCCCCAACGCUGCUUUCAUCAAGCCAGAGGACCGUCGCAUGUCUCUUCCUGUUCAGUCUCAGCAGACCGCUGCCAAUUCACCACCACAGUUGACCUCCGCAUCGCGAAGCUCAUCAUCCACCAGCCUCACCAAUCUGAAGCACGAGGCUGCCAAGCAGGGCAAUGGCCAAACUUCGCCUACCGGUCAGACUUCGCCGACGACUUAUCCUUCCUACAACAAUGCCACUCCCGCAUUCGACCCUAGCAUGAUGAACAUGAUGCCUUUCUCCACUUCGUUGCCAUACGAGUCUCAGCAAUUGCUUGGACCUGCUUUCGACCAGAAUGAUCCUUUCUCGCAAAUGCUCAUGGGCAAUUAUGGCCAGCAGCAAUCCCAACCUUUCUACACCUACAACCCCAACCCCUCAAAGUUCAAGGAUGGCAGCCCUUCCUUCGACGGCAUCAACCAGACUCUUGCCCCUGGCAUGCUUGACAACAAUAUGGACAAGUACAGUACGCCAAUGUCAGGUGCCGACUCUGUUCUUACACCAACAUUCGGCUACGACUCCAGCUUCGACCCCAUCAAGGGUUUCUCGCACAACAACGUUAGCGGAAUGACCACACCUGGCGAGAACGAUUGGGCGAGUCUUCUUGAUUCGAACGCAUGGGAUGACCAAAGCUCAAACUCUGCUACUGUCAACUGAGCAUACUUCUUGCUCUCGUUCCUUACUAAACUUCACUUCUAUUUACUGUAUAAGUUCACUCGGCUUUGGGGAUUCUGGUGUUUAAUGACACCUUUUGGAUAAUGGUUUUGGCUUCAAAAUGGGAGGAUAUCUAAUGGAUGGCGUCUAUGGCAUGAAAUAUGGGACAUGAAGGCUGGGCUUAGUGACGACUGAGCUUCACGAAUAUAAUGACACGACUGCUCAUCUUAACAGAGUGGUCAAUUUUUUCACCUCAUUGCUUACUUGAUCUUGAUAUCCUCUGUGUU